GAAAAGGGCUUCCAUGGAAAAGAAGCGCAUAAAAUUAUAUUAACCCUUACCAUUUGAUGCCCAUCCAAUUCGUCGUCUCUCGUCACCACUCUCAUCUCUCUUCUCUCCUCCACCGUCUACCCUCCCCGCUUGCUCUCAACAUACACAACGAACAAACCAUGUCGCAGAAGAUCGGGAAAGCGAUUAGGCGGCCUGGAGCCCCCUCCAAGGCGCCGGUCUACUCAGACGUCAAUGUUAUCCGCCCUAAGGACUAUUGGGACUACGAGGCGCUUACUGUUCAAUGGGGGGAGCAGGAUGAUUACGAGGUGGUGAGGAAGGUUGGUAGGGGGAAAUACAGCGAGGUUUUUGAGGGUAUUCAUGUUACCAAUAACGAGAAAUGCAUCAUCAAAAUCCUCAAACCGGUCAAGAAGAAGAAGAUCAAGAGAGAGAUUAAGAUUUUGCAGAAUCUCUGUGGAGGGCCAAAUAUUGUAAAAUUGCUUGAUAUUGUAAGGGAUCAGCAAUCAAAGACCCCAAGUCUUAUAUUUGAACAUGUGAACAAUACAGACUUUAAAGUGCUGUAUCCCACUCUAUCAGAUUUUGAUAUUAGAUAUUACAUAUAUGAGCUUUUAAAGGCUUUAGAUUAUUGCCAUUCUCAAGGCAUCAUGCAUCGGGAUGUGAAGCCCCACAAUGUCAUGAUAGAUCACGAGCAGCGUAAACUCCGCCUAAUUGACUGGGGACUUGCUGAAUUCUACCAUCCAGGGAAAGAGUAUAAUGUUCGUGUUGCUUCUAGAUAUUUUAAAGGCCCUGAACUUCUGGUUGAUUUGCAAGAUUAUGAUUACUCCUUGGACUUAUGGAGCUUGGGCUGUAUGUUUGCUGGAAUGAUAUUCCGUAAGGAGCCUUUCUUCUAUGGGCACGAUAAUUAUGAUCAACUGGUCAAGAUUGCAAAGGUAUUGGGUACGGAUGAGUUGAAUGCCUAUUUGAACAAGUACCGCUUGGAAUUAGACCAAAAUCUCGCAGCUCUUGUUGGAAGGCAUAGUAGAAAGCCGUGGACAAAAUUCAUCAAUGCUGAUAAUCAACAUUUGGCUGUUCCUGAUGCAAUUGAUUUUGUUGACAAGUUGUUGCGAUAUGAUCAUCAAGAAAGGCCAACUGCAAAGGAAGCAAUGGCCCAUCCUUACUUUUAUCCGAUAAGGAAUGCAGAAGGCCGCAGAAGUCGUGGCCAAUAGGAUUUGAAGGAGGAAGGAGGGGUCACUGAGUCAAACUCGAGGUGCCUAGUUAUUCUUGUUGUUCUUGUAAACUUGUACUGAUCAUUCAAGUUGAGUAGCUCUGCUGUGGUUACCAUUUGAUUCAUUCACAAGUUUGUUGUACUUCAUUGUACACAAAUUUGAGUCAGCGCUGUGUGGUUUAUGUGAUAGAUUUUCAUGAUUGAUUUCUUCAA